AUUACGCAGAGAGAAAUUAAGUAAGAAGAGAGAGAUGGGAAUAACAGUAUUAAGAUGGUUAAGUUUAGUACUCUUCAUAGUUGGAACAAUUGGAGUAGUUUCAGGAGAUGAUCAAGGAGGUUGUCAAAGUCAGGUUUCAGGUUUAGCAAAAGAAUGUGCACAAUAUGUACUAAGGACAGGUGCAAAAAUUCCACCAUCAAAGGCUUGCUGUGAGUUGAUUAAUACGAUUGAUAUUCCUUGUUUAUGUAACCAUGCCACUAAAGAGAUUGAAGUUAUUGUUAGCAUGGAAAAGGUUGUUUAUGUUACUGGUUUGUGUGGCAAAGCACUUCCUCACGGAAGCAAAUGUGGAAGUUUUACUAUUCCUCCUGCAUGAAGGGAUUAGCCACAGAAGAAAAGGAAGAAUGAGAAGAAGAGAGAGUGAGAUUCAAGUAUCAAUAUCAAAUUAUGCAUGUCACUGUCGGAGCUGAGGCAGCUGCCUGUUGUUUGUCGUCGUCGUUGUUUUUUUUUUUUAAGUUCAACUUUUUAAUUAGUGUGAAUUUGGAUGCUCAUUUGGAAAUUGGCUCACUUGAAUCUCUAGUGGUUGCCAGAGUUCAAAUUUCUUUCCAGAUCAAUCGUGUGUCGAUCCAAAGAGCAUCCUGCAGGUUUAAAUUUUCAUCUAUAUUUUCUCCUGUUAGUUUUUGUCAUUGUUUGUCAGUCAUUUAAAUGUUACAUGUCAGCUUCUUUCA